AUGCUGAAUCCUGUGAUUAUAUCAGUAGGGAUUGCUGUAUUGGCAGUGUUCUAUUACUUUCAAAGCAAGAAUACAACGGUGUCAUUCAAAAUAGAGAAAAUUCUUUUACAAUCAUUCAAUGACUAUAAAAAGAAUGGAUGGCCAUACGACGUCUAUGGUCCAAUCUCACACAAUCACCGUAAUAUGCCCAGAUCUGGUGAACCAUUAGGUUGGAUAAUUGUUGAUACUAUUGAUACACUAAUGCUAGGUUACAAUUAUACAAUCGAUAAGGAAAAUAAAAAAGAAUUCUUAGAACAAAUUGAAUUCGUAGAAAAUUGGGUUGAAAAUGAAUUGGAUUAUGAUAUGGAUGCAGAAGUUAAUAUCUUCGAAACAACAAUUAGAAUGCUGGGUGGGCUACUCUCAGGAUAUUAUCUUUCAAAAGAUCUCAAUGUCGGCAAACCUGAAGUUUACUUAAAUAAAGCCAUAGAUUUAGCUAAUCGUCUAUCCUUAGCUUUUGUAAAUUCCCCUACUGGUAUUCCAUAUUCUAGUGUAAACUUGAAGACCGGUGAAGCAAUUAAAAACCAUGUAGAUAAUGGAGCAUCUUCUACAGCAGAGUUUACCACUUUACAAUUGGAAUUCAAAUAUUUAGCAUCAAUUACAGGUAACAAGACUUACUGGGACCUUGCAGAACAAGUUUAUGAACCACUUUACAAAAUUAACGAUAUUUUAGAUAAAUACGAUGGUUUAGUACCAAUUUAUACCUUACCAGAUACUGCAAAAUUCUGGGGGGAAAACAUUAGAUUUGGCUCUAGAGGUGAUUCUUUCUACGAAUAUCUAUUAAAACAAUACUUGUUAACUCAUGAGGUUAUGUACUACAAUUUAUAUCGUGCUGCUAUUGAUGGUAUGAAAAAACAUUUAGUAAAGGAAUCUUUCCCAUCAGGACUGACUUAUAUUGCUGAAAAACCAAAUGGUCUAGAAUUUCAAGCAUCAUCAAAGAUGGACCAUCUAGUAUGUUUCAUGGGGGGUCUCUUAGCAAUGGGCGCUACUGAAGGCUACACAAUCAAAGAGGCAAGAGCUAUGUAUUUCUGGAAUGAAGAUAGGGAGGAUGAUUGGUUACUAGCUAUGAAGUUGACACAUACAUGUUAUCAAAUGUAUCAUCAACUACCUGCUGGCCUUUCACCUGAGAUUGUUGUUUUCAAUUACGCCAAGGAACAAAGAACUGAAUUUGAAGAAAUUACAAUGAUUGAUCGUCAAAACUGGUGGACUUCUCCAACUGAUGACUUCUUUGUGAAACCUUUGGAUGGACACAAUCUACAGAGACCCGAAACAGUAGAAUCCAUCAUGUUCAUGUACCACUUAUCUAACGAUACAACAUACCGUGAAUGGGGCCAAGAAAUUUUAAACAAUUUUGUCGAGCAUACUGCUGUGAAAGAAAACGGUAGAGUAGAAGCGUAUACAUCUCUGAAUGAUUGCCUACACGUUCCUACUGGAAAAAGAGACAACAUGGAAAGUUUCUGGCUUGCAGAAACAUUGAAAUACUUGUACUUACUUUUUCAGGAUAACGUUGACCUUAGAGAGGUUGUAUUCAAUACUGAAGCACAUCCAUUCCCUGUCUUGGAUAAAACAGAUAUGGAAAAAUUCAAUUUGACUACAGGUUGGUCUCUUGAAUAA